CGCACGUGGAGAGCGGCCGGGCGAUGCUGCGGGCGGCGCCGAGGCGCCUCCUCCUCCCGCGGGGGGGGCCGCCGCCGCCUCCUCCGCGCCGCCGCCGGGCUUGCAUCACGACGCCCAUCUUCUACGUGAACGCGGCCCCGCACAUCGGACACCUCUACUCCGCCCUGCUGGCCGACGCCCUCGCCCGCCACCGCCGCCUGCGGGACGCCGUCCCCGUCCUGCUCUCCACCGGGACGGACGAGCACGGGCUGAAGAUCCAGCAGGCGGCGGCGGACUCGGGCCUGUCCCCGCCGGACUUCUGCCAGCGGAACUCGGCCCGGUUCCGGCGGCUGUUCGAGGAGGCGGACGUCUCCUUCGGGGACUUCGUGCGCACCAGCGAGGGGCGGCACCGGCGGGCCGUCGAGCACUUCUGGGCCCGGCUGGCCGAGCGCGACCUCCUCUACAAGGGCCGUUACCGGGGCUGGUACUGCACGGCCGACGAGGCCUUCGUCCCCCAGGACCGCGUCGCCUGGCGUCCGGACCCGUCCGGAGACAGCGUCCCCGUCUCCCUGGACAGCGGCCACCCGGUGCACUGGACGGAGGAGGAGAACUACAUGUUCCGGCUGUCGCGGUUCCGCGACCCCCUCCUGCGCUGGCUCCGCGACGACCCCGCCGCCGUGGCGCCCGAGCCCUUCCGCCGCCACGUCCUCCGCUGGCUGCGGGAGGAGCUGCCGGACCUGUCGGUGUCCCGGGAACGCAGCCGCCUGCACUGGGGGAUCCCCGUGCCCGGGGACCCCACCCAGACGGUCUACGUGUGGCUGGACGCCCUGGUCAGCUACCUGACGGUGACGGGCUACCCCGGCCCGGGCGCCGCCGACACCUGCCACGUGCUGGGCAAGGACAUCCUGCGGUUCCACGCCGUCUACUGGCCCGCCCUGCUGCUGGCCGCCGGGCUGCCCCCGCCGCGGAGGAUCCGCGUCCACUCCCACUGGACCGUCGGGGGCCGCAAGAUGUCCAAGAGCCUGGGGAACGCGGUGGACCCCGGGGCCUGCCUGGAGCGCUUCACGGUGGACGGCUUCCGCUACUUCCUCCUGCGCCGGGGCGUGCCCGGCCGGGACGGGGACUUCUCCCCCGAGAAGGCCGAGGGGCUGGUCAACGCGGAGCUGGCGGACGCCCUGGGCGGCCUCCUCAACCGCUGCACGGCCCCGGCCCUCAACCCCGCGGGGACCUUCCCCCGCUUCCGGCCCGCCCGCUUCGCCGCCCGGGCCCGGCCCGAGGACCGCGCCCUGGUGGAGGCGGUGGCCGCCCUCCCCGGCCUGGUGGCCGCCCACUUCGACGACUUCCGCGUCUACAGGGCCCUGGAGGCGGUGGCCGACUGCGUCCGGCAGGCCAACGGCUUCGUCCAGCGCCACGCCCCGUGGAGGCUGGGCCGGGACCACCCGGACGAGGGGCCCUGGGCGGACACCGUCCUCCACGUGGCCCUGGAGAGCCUCAGGGUCUUCGGGACCCUCCUGCAGCCGGUGGUGCCCGCCACGGCCCACCGCCUGCUCUCCCGGCUGGGCGUCGCGCCCGCCGAGAGGGGCCUGGGCGCCGUCGACUUCCUGCCCGGCAGCCGCGGGCGGCCCUGCCCCUUCGAGGGGAGGGGGCUGGGCCCGGACACGGGGGUCUUGUUCCCCAGGCUGGGCGGGGCCGGCGGCCGGCGGGCCCGGGACCCCGGCCGGUAGGUUCCGCCCGGAGGGGUCGCCCCCGCCCCCCCGGGGGGAGCCGCUGCGACGACGGCGGCCG